CGGCUGUUCAAAGUAGCAUACGUUAGCCACUCGUCGGUAUACAUCGUAGGGUAUGGUAAGGUAUCAAUGUAGGUUUAGUCUGACAUGAUAUUAUAGUAAAAUUCCUCUUUGCCACAUCCCGGUCGAUGUUUAUGGAUUGCCAGAAGUUGACGUGUCUUUGAGUGGACUUCCAGGUAACGUUACGAAAAUGCCUUUGCAUGGAAAAAUAGUCGUGGUGAAGAGGAGUGGAGGAGAUGGGACUGAGUUUCCUCUUACUGCAACAUGCUUAUUUGGAAGGAAGCCUGAUUGCGAUAUUCGUAUUCAGCUUCCACAAGUCUCCAAGGAGCAUUGCAGAAUUGACUUGAAUGAAAAUAAAGAGAUCAUUUUGACAAAUUUGAGCUCCGUGAAUCCAACUCGUGUCAACGGAGAGGUUUUGCAGCAGUCUGAGCGUUUGAAACACGGAGAUGUGAUAACUAUUAUUGACCGUUCUUUCAGGUUUGAGUACCCUCCAGCACCCACACCAAAGAAGAGGUCUUCCACAGGAGGCAAAACUGAGACUCUCAAAGUUCUUCAAGAUCAGCAAGUGGGGGACACAGUUACCUCUGAAACUGGAGAUAAAAGGAUCUCUGAAGUAUCCACAGAUCCUCAUCUGAAAGAUGGAACUAACCAUGACAACAUCCAGCGAUCCCUGGAGAAAACUUUGGAGGUGGAGCCCAAAGAGGAAGGCAAGACCGCCUCCCCCUUCAACGACCUGUAUCAAAUGAUCAAAAAAUCUCUGGAUGUCAAGACCCCUCGGAAAUCAUCUGCCAGUUUGCUUCAAACACCCACCUCGAGGUUUUGCACUCCAAAACCUGCUUCAGUCAGGAAAAAUGAUGAACCUGUCACUUGCACCGAAGAUAAAAGCACUUCUCAGAAGAAUGAAGCUAAAGUCUGUCCUGGAGCUGAUGAAAGUAAGGGGGCUGAAAACACAAGUAGUGGAACCCCAAAGUCUGUUAAGAAGCAGAGGAGGUCCUCCCAGGGUCCUUCUACUGAGAUGGCCGCACCUGAAGUUGAGAAAGCCGAAAAGUCUGAAGCAACUUCACCUCAGAAGAGAAUCCGUACACCCCCCCAGAGGUAUACUGCGUGUGAGGUUAUUGAGCAAGUUACUGCUCAAUCACCCAAAUCACCUUUGAGACGGAGAAGCAAGGAGGCCAAACCUGCAGUGAUUCAGGAACAGGAAGCGCAAGCAGUGACUUCUCCCAAAACUAAGCGUUCCCCAAGGAACUCAGGAUGUUCCUCAGCUGAAGUUGGAAAAGUGAAAGAGACAUCCAAAAAACGUAAAAGUGGAGAACUUGCAGCCGACUUGCCUACACCUCAAAUAAAGAAGAAAAGGGUUUCCUUUGGAGGUUUCCUGUGCCCUGAGUUAUUUGACAAACGUCUGCCUCCUGACUCUCCCUUACGCAAGGGGGCCAGUCCGCGGAGAAGCUUUUGUGUGUCUAAACCCAAACAGUCACUCCUGAGACGAGCGUCAGUCAUUGGCUCGCUACAGUUCGAUGAAGAGCAACCAGGUAGCCCCAAAGUGCAAAGUCCUGCCAAAAUGAGGACUCCGUCACCUAAGAAAUCAAGUGCCAAGAAUGCUUCUCCUAAGACUCCAACGCCAGGAAAGAAAUCACCAAAAUCUAGGUCCCCUUCUCCCAAGGCAACAUCUCCAGGACAGAAAUCACCCAAAUCCAAAUCCCCUUCUCCCAAGGCAACAUCUCCAGGACCGAAAUCCCCCAAAUCCAGAUCCCCUUCUCCCAAGGCAAAAUCUCCAGGACAGAAAUCCCCAAAAUCAAGAUCCCCUUCUCCCAAGGCAACAUCUUCUGCAAAGAAGUCACCAAAACCCAGGACCCCUUCUCCCAAGGCUGCAUCACCUGCUGAGAAGACACCAAAAUCCAAAAGUCCAUCUACUGCAAGAGGACGGUGUCCCACUGUUGGUGGAACACCAGGAGUCCAGACCCCUAGAGUACAAGGCCGCUUCUCUGUGUCACGUAUCAGCACACCAUCUCCAAAUGCAGAAGAUGCUGUCACUGACCAGGUGCCUUCAGUCACAGUAACUCCUAAAAUGCCCCAGAGGAGAAAGAGCAUCUCACAAGAAACUUCAAGUGCUGCAAAAGUAAUGCGCAGAAGAAGUGGCAUUUCACGGGCAUCCCUGAAAGCCAAAAAUUCCUGGGCAAACAUUGUGAAAUUUGGUCAACCUAAGGUUCAAGUGGUUGCUCCAGCUAAAAAAGCAGUCGCCAAAAUGACAAAGAAGAAGACUGUGCCCAAACCACAGACCCCUGCAAGAAAAAUCCAAGGCCAUUUCAGCACUGGACAUGCAGAUUCACCUGUUACUAUUGUUGUGGGCAGAGCUCACAAACAAAGGGUCGUACAUGCAACUGGUGCUGCACCAAGACUGGUCACCAAUACUGCUCUCCUUAAAAGGAAUAUGAAAAUGGAUGAGGACUUGACUGGAAUUUCUGAAAUGUUUAAAACCCCAGUAAAUGAAAGGAAAAGGAGAUCUGUGAUCAAUGAGGACAAUGCCACAAAGACACCAGUGGGAGCUCUGGGCACAUCUGUGGUAGAGCCAUCAGUGUUGAACACACCAGAGGAGCCAGGCGAGAUGAUGGUGUCUCCACUGAGUGUUGCGUCCGCAGUAAAAGACAGAAAAUACAACAGUGAGGCAGUCCAACGCCUCCUUAAUGAUGAUCAAGAAUCUAGCUUCGUCAGUGAUGUCCCUGCCUUGGAGAUUCACUCUGAUGAUUCUGGCGAACAGCAGUGCACAGAUAUGAAGACAACCUCUCAAACAACUCCCAAACAGAAGCCAGAAUUACCGGAGUGUCUCACUGGAGUGAAGAGGAUCAUGAAGACACCAAGGCAGAAGGCUGAACCUGUUGAGGACUUGAGAGGGAGACUUCUGAAAACUCCAAAGCAGAAACCUGAGCAACAGGAGUGUCUCACUGGAGUGAAAAGGAUCAUGAAGACCCCACGACAGAAAGCCGAGCCCAUUGAGGACCUGAGAGGCAAGGUUUUGAAAACCCCCAAGCAGAAACUUGAACAACAAGAGUGUCUCACCGGAGUAAAGAAGAUGAUGGAAACUCCAAAACGGGAAGCUGAACCUGUGGAGGACAUCAGAGUGGAACUUCUGACAACUCCCAAACAGGAGGCUGAACAACAAGAGUGCCUUACUGGAGUUAAAAGCAUUUUGAACACCCCCCAACAACAAGCUGAAUCUCAUGAAGACCUUCAAGAAAAACCUGUAGAAACUCCCAAAGCUCUAGAGGCUGCUGAUGUGAGUUUGGAUGAUGAGAAGGAACUUAUGGAGACACCAGACCAAGUGCAAGAAUCUGCUCCACAGACUGAAGCCACAGGACAACUGGAGACAAAUGAGCAGGUAGAAGAUCAAACACCUCUGGAUUGUGAAGAAGGCGCAGCAAAAGUCUUCUCUCCUCACGUAGAACUAGACUUUGCCCAUGAGGAGCCACGAGGCGAUGUCCCAUCAGAUGUGAUUGCUCUCCAUGAUGACAUAGAAAAGGAAGAAGAUGCAAAAGAAGUUGUCGUUGAUGACCACGUAGAGGAGGUGCCAAGUGGACACAAUAAUAACGAAUCAUCAGAUGCUUCGGAACCUCUCUCUGAACCAGCUGUAGAUGAGAUAUCUGGGGAACAACCCAAAGUGGACACAGUGGAUGAGACUUUAUCUGAAGACAAACCUGAAGUGGACGCAGUAGAUGAGAGUUCACCUGUAGAACAACCUGAAGUGGAUGCAGUAGAUGAGAGUUCACCUGUAGAACAAGCUGAAGUGGACGCAGUUGAUGAGAGUUCACCUGUAGAACAAGCUGAAGUGGACGCAGUAGACGAGAGUUCACCUGUAGAACAAGCUGAAGUGGACGCAGUAGACGAGAGUUCACCUGUAGAACAACCUGAAGUGGACGCAGUAGACGAGAGUUCACCUGUAGAACAACCUGAAGUGGACGCAGUAGAUGAGAAUUCACCUGUGGAAGAACCUGAGGUGGAGACUGCUCCUGGAAAAGUCACAGAAAUGGACACAACUGCCACGGAUCCUGACCCUAAGAAGAAACCUGUUCGUGGCAGAAGGGCAAAAACAGUGGAACCUAAAGCACCUGAAGAUGCUGUCGUCUCUGCUCCAGUCAGAGGAAGAAGAGGGAAGAAGGCUGAAGCUACAGCACCACCUGCCAUUGAAACUGCUCCUCAGGCACCUGUAACUGAGAGUUUACCUGAAGAGGAGACUUGCAAAGUCACCGAAACAGAUGCAGCCAUUGUUGAGAAUAAAUCUGUUAGAGGCAGAAGGGCGAAACUGGUGGAGUCUAAACCAGCUGAUGAUAAUCAGGAGGCAGCAGAACACUCUGAAGAACCUGUUGCUCCAACCCCAGUCAAAGGAAGAAGGGGAAAGAAAACUGAAGCUGCUGCUGGACCACCUGCUGUUAGACAAACAACAAGAGGCAGAAAUGCAAAGUCUCAAGAGAGCAAUGAUGUUGAGGUCACGGAGGAGAAAAGUGCCUCUCUGCCUUCCAAACCAACCCUUAAAGCUAGAAGAGGAAGAAAAGCUUCUGAUGAUCAAGUGGAAACCGUCCAAGAGGUCGCCGCUGAAACUGAAAUGGUGCCAGAACCUAAGAGUGAACAGAGCCCCCCAGUUGAAGUCAACAUCGAAGCAAAUGACAGUGCAUCACCCCAGGAGAAGGCUGUGAAGCCCAAGAGAGGGAGAAAAGCUAAACAGCCUGAAGAACCAGUGCUAGAGCAGCAAGAUUUACCCAUUACUCAGAGUGAGGAUGCUCCUGAAAUGGACACAGCUAAAGAAGCAAAUGCAAAUGAAGUCUGCAGCGACCAGCUGGAGGUGGUGCCCAGUGCAAGUGAUGAAAAUAAAUUAUCAGAUGCCAUGGAAACUGUUCCCCAGACGCCUGUAACUGAGAGCCUACCUGAAGUGGAGACAGCCACUUGCAAAGUCGCUGAAAUGGAUGCUGCUGUCGUUCAGAAGAAAACCGUUCGAGGCAGAAGGGCGAAACUGGUGGAGUCUAAAUCGGCUGAAGAUAAACAGGAGGCGGCAGAACACUCUGAGGAUCCUGUCGUCUCUGCUCCAGUCAGAGGCAGAAGAGGGAAGAAAACUGAAGCUGCUGCACCAGCCGCUGUAAGACAAACAGGAAGAGGCAGAAAUGCUAAGUCUCAAGAAAUCAUCUCUGAAGACAAACCUGAAGUGGACGCAGUAGUGGAGAGCUCACCUGUGGAACAACCUGACGUGGACGCAGUCGAUGAGAAUUCAUCUGAAGAACAACCUAAAGUGGAGACUGCUACUGUAGAAGUCACAGAAAUAGACACAACUGCCACGGAUCCUGACCCUAAAAAGAAAUCUGUUCGUGGCAGAAGGGCAAAAACAGUGGAACCUGAAGCAGCUGAGGAUAAACAGGAGGCUGAAGAUGCUGUUGUCGCUGCUCCAGUCAGAGGAAGACGAGGGAAGAAGGCUGAAGCUACCGCACCACCUGCUGUUAGACAAACAGGAAGAGGCAGAAAUGCAAAGUCUCAAGAAAGCACCUCCGAUGAUAAACCUGAAAUGGUACCAGAGACAGCUGCGGAAACAACACCCGUGACUGAGAUUUCCAUUGAAGUUGUGAGUGACCAGAGUGAUCCUGCACCUUCUGUAGAGGAAGCUGUCGUGAAGCCUGUUCGAGGGAGGAAAACUAAACAAACACCAGUUGAGCCAUCUCAACCAGAGCCAGAGAAAACUGAAGCUGUGAGUGACGAGCCUGUUGUGAUAGACGCUCAGUCUGAAAAGUCCAUUCCUACUGUUGCAAAGCCCAAAAGAGGGAGAAAGACCAAACCUGAUACUGUUGAGCAAAAUGAGGUGGCAGAAUACACCGUUGUCGCCGUGGAGACCAAGCAGCAGUCUGAACCUCCAGUUAAGGCUAAGAGGGGAAGAAAUGCCAAAAAGGAAGAAGUUGAGACUACUGAAUUCCAGGAGCCGGCCAAAAAAGUGAGGAGAACCAAGAAGGCAGAGCAAGACCACGUAGAACCACAAGAAGAAGUCCAAACGGUUGAAAAUGUUGUUCCAGAGGAGGCUGAAGCGACACUUGUUGCUGAACCAGUGAAGGUUGAUGAACAGGCUACUGUGGCUGCGAAACCCAGGAGAGGAGGCCGGAAAGCAAAACAAGACACUGAGAGUGAAACUACUGUCGAACCCACUGAGGUCCCUGCGGUCAAACGUGGCAGGAGAGGAAAACAAGUUGCUGAAGAAGUUGCAGUCACUGCUGUGGUACCAGAAGAAAAACCUGAGCAUGAGGUGGAGGCUGAAGAGAAGAAAGAUGCCGAGCCAGACUCUCCAGUCGUUAAACAAAGCAGGGGAAGGGGGGCGAAAACAUCUUCGAAAAAUGAGGCUUCCCAAGCCAUUCCAGCCAAGAGAGCUCGUCGAGGUGCAGCUCUUCCUGUCGAGGAGACCAACGCAGAAGUUUCAGAGCCUACAUCAACUUCAGUAGAGCCUGCCAAAAGGGGGAGACGGGCAGCGGCAAAGCCCACAGCAGAUGAUGCCACCGAAGAGUCAAGCAGUGCUGUUGUGGAAGACACAAAAACAUCCAAAAGAUCCGUCAAGUGGAACGCAGAUGUGGAAGUCUUUGAUAUUCCAAAAGCAACACCAGUGAAGGCAGCGCGAGGUAGGAAGUCCAAACUUGACACUGAAAGCAAAAAUGUGUCAAAGGACGAUGACAAAACUGAAGAGAAGGAUCUCUCAGACAAAGUCAUCGAAGCUCAGCCCGUCAAGAGAGCCAGGCGAGGGGCAAAGGUCGCUGAUGUAACAGCAGAAGAGUCCACAAGCAAGGUGAAAAGUGUUGAGGCUGAGACACAGCCAAAAACCAGAAGAGGAAGACCAGCAAAGAAAUAAAAAGCAUCUGUAUAUAGUCUUAAUCCCAAUGACUUGUUUUCCCCCCAUUUCCCAUUUAACUUUUUUUUUUUUUUGUACUUGUCAUUUUUAUUAGAUCGUACGGCAUUUUAUAAAGUAGUUUUAUAGAUGAAAAUGACGCACUGCCUUUUUUUUUCCUCCAAUACAGCAGGGAAUCUUCUAACCAUUUAUAUCGUGACAAGUUGUAUGUUGUUCAUUACUGGUUUUGCAAAUAUUUUUAUGGUUUAAAAAAGUGAUUUAUUAAAUUUUUUGUACGGUGGAAAAA